AUGAAAGCGUGACAUAAAGAAGGCCCAAGAGUGACAGUGGUGUCCCGUACAGGAGGGGGUCAGCUGUACCCCCCUGCAGAGUUACCCCCCAGCUUCACCCCCUCUGGACUGGUCUUCCAUCCUGUCAACCACUUCCUCUAUGCCUACGGAUCACAAGUGUUUGUGUCCUUAGACGGGGGAAGUUCCUUCAGCUGCAUCCUCAGCCUCAGGACUGGCCAGUCGGUGACCACCUUCGCUGCCGAUGUGCAUGAUGAGGCUGUUGCCAUGGUUACUAACGAUGGAGCCAUGUUCUAUGGAACUGCAGGUAUUCCCCGGAUGUCAGAAGUACUCCAUGCGGAGAUACCAGGUACCGCAGUCCUGGUGGACAACACAGGCCAGUGGUACCAUGUCAGGGGGAACAGCAGUACUACUGGGGUACAUGCGGAGGUGGUGGACAUCACAGCAGGGAUACAGAGUGCAGACACAUCGUUUGUGCGACCCCUGAUCCCCCAGUUCCUGUCAGCUGACACCAUUGUGUUCCACGAGCACCAGCAGCUGCAACGUCCGUGGGAGACCGCAGGGGAUGGUCUCACCUCAGGGUUCUCCCAGCUUCAUGUGGGACAGAAACUUCAACUCAGCACAUCAGGCUCAGCACUGAUCACCCAGGUGACAACAGAGCACAGAAUGGACAACUACACUGCCUGGGCACGGGCGCAUGUCUUCAAACCUUUUCAGUUCGAGAGACUAUCUGAGAGCCCAGCUCAGGCAUACAGUGUGGAGGUUGCCUGUGAGAGUAACGGAAAGUCUCUCCUAACCCUACAGAAUGUAGGAGGCUCCACGGGUUGGCUGUUCUCCGACAUAGGGAAGUCGUUGGUUGUUGCCACCGGCAACAACCACCUGUUGACGGAGCUGGUUACCACGACGACGGCCCGAGCUGACCCCGUGAUGACCUGUAAGGGCGUGACCCUCCCAGCAGGCCUGUGGCAGCUGUAUGACUUCAGCAGUUACACAGAACAUGCUACUGUGUACGACCAGGCUCUGACAAUCAGCUCAACAACAGCGACUGUGACUUCAGGGCACUUCGAGUUCGCCCCCUAUCACGUUGGGCUGGUACUGCAGGUAUCCUCAGGGUCUGCCACAGUCACAGCUGUCAGUAGUGUGACCCAGGUCACCUUACAGGUCCACACUGGCUCCCUAGAUGGGUCAUACUCUGCAGGGGAGUGGAGCCUACAAGAAGUCUCAGGACAACAGGCCGUCCGUAAGUGGAACAUCACCGAGGACGAGUGUCGCCAUGUGAUGAACGUUCAGGACGACCUCGUGACCCACAGUCUGAGAUACAUGGACGUCAGAGAGGACGUCAGGCUGGCAGCAAAUGCAACCAUCGCUGAGAAUGCCCCAGAGGUGCCCAGUGAGCGCGCCCUGCUGGUGGUGACCUUCGGUAACCCCUUCGUGUUCCAGAAGAUAGAGACUGAUGCAUUCUGGGACACCUCCGGGUACCACCACUUGAGGCUGCAUGUUGUGGAUGAUCUCUUCAAACAGGGCCAUUCCUCGGUGACCCUGUACAUCCCCAUGGCCUCCCUGUUGUGCCCUCUGACCUCUCACACCGUGACCCUGCGGUGUCAGUGCCCGCCGGACAAGCACCUGCGCUUUGUGUACCAGAACCAGUUCACGGACGACGAGUUUCUACACGGACAACCUGUGGACAAGGAUGGGAGGGACCUGCUGCAGAAUUUAGAGGUGAACUACCGUCCGCCCUCCAGUAUGGGAGUGGGAAUCCCCCUGUCCAACAACAUCUACAACGCAGACCCCAGUCAGGACAGACCCAACGACUUCUACCAAGUAUCACAGGACACAGGCCAGUUUAAGCAGUGCUUAGGCAAGUCCACGAGCGCGGAGUGCGGCUGUACAGAACAAAUGAAGCUUUCGUCGCAAGAAGAGUUCUCAGACUGCAUCGACCGUGCUCACCGGAUGUUGUACCCGGCGGUGCUGCCAGUCCAACUUCAGGUGGUGCAACCGGGCGUGGAGACUGUUGAACUGGACCAGCCUUAUGUUGUAGUGAUAGAGGAGGUGAACAGUCGUUCAGACUACGUGCCUGACUCAGUGGUAACCCCCUCACUGGCCCGUCUCCGUGGCGAUGAACGGCUGAACCACACGCUGAUGUUCUACAGCCCUCGCAAACUCUCUGUCCUCAUGACGGGCGCCCGGCUGUUCCACUUCAGGGUGUCCGUACUGGAGGGCUUCUCCUACUGUAACCUCAAUGCUGAGUUUAUGGUCUAUGUGGACCGGCCUCCCAUAGCCUACCCAUCGGAGUACAUCAUGCGUGGAGGCAUCAGCAUCAUGAUAGGCAUGAUCCUGUUCCUGGUGUACCUGUACUACCUGCACACUCACCACACACCCUUCACCAUUAAAUCUACGUCACAACAUGCACAUCACAAAAGGGAUAGGAGAGCGACCAUGGCGGACAGUGACAGUGAUGAGUAG